UUUUUGUCAGGCAAAAAAAACUUGUUUGCUUGAUGUCUUUUUUUUGUUUUGUUUGGUUUCAUUUGGCUGAAUGGUUAAAUAGCUGAAUUGUUGUUGAUGGAUGAAUGUAUUAUUCACAUAGGAUUUUUUUCUCCAUUGUUCUUUACCAGUUUGUUUGUCAACAUCAAUUUACCAAAAUAAAAACCAGGUGUCAAUAUUCAUCUCAGUAUAAUUUAGUGGAAAAAUGUACGAUACAAAAUCACCGACAACGGCAAUCAUUGGUUCCACAUCAAUUGGACAAUCAAAUAAUAAUGUUGGCGAUUCUACAGAUAAAGAAUUUGAAGAUAUUCUCAAUCAAUUAAAUGCAUUAGGCAAUACCAUUGAUCAAGAAUUGUCACAAAAAGGCACAAAAACAAAACAAUUUUCAUCAAAUUCAAUUGAUGAUGGUCAUCAUCAUCAUAUUAUUAUGCAACAAUCUUCAUUGAUUGAAACCACAAAACAAUGGUCAUAA